GUUCUCUGUAUCUCCGCCUCUCGCUGUGUGUCUCUAUCUCCCACGUGGAGCGGAGGUAAAAUCGGAUGUAGGUCAACAGAAACCUAGCUAAGUGUUUCAUUCCGAUUUUAGCGGACCGAACAGCCGGGAUUUGUGAAAUGACUACCGGCCAAAAGGGGAUGGAGAUGUACGCUGAGUGCGCCGUGGAGGAACCGUUGUCGGACGACCAAUCGUCGAACGACAUUGAAAGCAACCAACCGGAAGUAGAGAGGGGACGAUGGAGCGCCAAGCUGGACUACAUGCUGUCCAUGAUCGGCUACUGUGUGGGGCUGGGUAACAUCUGGCGAUUUCCAUACUUGUGUAUGAGAAAUGGAGGGGGAGCCUUCCUGAUCCCCUUCCUCUUCUUCCUGCUGGCUGCCGGUCUGCCGUUAUACUUUAUGGAGGUGUCGCUGGGACAGUUCACCGGGAGGGGCUGCUUUCAUGUCUGGGAGGCUAGUCCUAUAUUUAAAGGUAUCGGGGUCGGUAUGUUCAAUGUCCUCUUUGUCGUUACCUUGUACUACAACAUCAUCAACACCUGGACACUUUACUACCUUGGCAGCUCUUUCAUCUCGCCGCUUCCGUGGACGGGAUGCGACAAUGACUGGAACACACCGAGAUGUUUCCACAGAUCGUCAAUCAUGACCCAGCGGAUCGACAACGACACUGGUUACGACUUGUACAACGCGUCGUCUACGAUCUUACAAGAUCAUAAUGCGACCGUAUCAUCUGUCAUUAAGGCUUCAUCAAACAGCACCACGAGUCAGGAGGAGUUCUGGUUCCACCGAGUGCUGACCAUAUCCCGGGGUCUGGAUGAGGUGGGGGGUCUGAACUGGCAGCUCACCCUCUGUUUCCUCGGCGCCUGGCUGGUGGUCUUUCUCUGUCUUAUAAAGGGAGUUAAAUCUCUCGGAAAGGUUGUGUAUGUGACCGCCACCCUGCCUUACCUACUUCUGGCGGUGAUCCUCAUCAAGGGCCUGACACUUCCGGGAGCAGUAGAUGGUAUCCUGUUCUACAUCCGCCCGGACUUCAAUAAACUUGCCAACGUUCAGGUGUGGUUAGAAGCUGGACUGCAGGUGUUUUACUCACUAGGGCCGGGAUGGGGUCCCCUCAUUACCAUGGCUAGUUACAAUAAAUUCCGUAACAAUUGUUACAGGGACGCCGUGACUUUGACGUUUAUUAGCGAGGGCACCAGUAUAUUUGGGGGGUUUGCCAUCUUUACUAUCGUCGGAUUUAUGGCUCACCAAGCGGGAAAACCAGUCGAUGAAGUGGUGCAAGCGGGUCCGGGUCUGGCUUACCUGGUGUACCCUGAGGCGCUGUCCCAGCUACCAUUCCCCAAUCUGUGGGCGGUGGUUUUCUUUGUCAUGCUUUUUACGGUCGGGUUAGAUAGUCAGUUUGCGACAGUGGAAGCAUGUAUGACGGCAGUCAGCGAUAUUGUACCGAGCAUGCGCAGACGCAAAGCACUCCUUGCUUUUCUAACUUGCUCAUUUUUUGUUCUCACUGGAUUGAUACUGUGUACAAAAAGUGGACUCUAUAUAUUCCAACUUUUAGACUGGUACAUCGCUGCCUUCAGUCUCCCCGUCUUCGCUUUGCUGGAAUGCAUCGUGUUCGGAUGGAUUUAUGGGGCUGACAAUUUGUCACGUGAUAUAGAGAUGAUGCUGGGGAGAGGUGUCCCUGUUUAUAUGAGGAUCAUGUGGUGUAUUGUCACACCUGUGAUCUUAACGUUGCUGCUUAUAUCCACCAUAUAUACAUAUCGUCCACCAAUGGUCGGUGAUUACACAUACCCGUUGUAUGCCAGAGCCAUUGGAUGGCUAGUCGCAGCUCUUCCUCUUAUUCCUAUACCUGUCUGUGCUUUACAUGCUGUGAGAAAAUCCCCAGGAAACACGUGGUUCCAGAGAUUUUACUCCUCCUUCCAACCCUCUGACAAAUGGAAACCAAUCUCAGCGAGAGCGUGCGAGAAAUACAAAGUGGAUAACAAACUUUUCAGGGGAGGCUUUAAGGCAGUAGUCCUGCGGAAUCUUUUGGGGAAAAAUUCAUAAGCCAAUUAUAGAAAUAGCAAAUACUUAGCUGUUUUUCUGUGUUCAAGUUAGAUUUUAUACUACUUUUUAUAAAUUUUUACCGGUUACCUUGAUAUUCUAUGUUAACGGAAUUAAACAUUUGACAUUAAUUAAUGUUAGAUGUGUAAUGAGCUCUCAAUAUUUGAGAAAUUUAUUAGGCUUAUUUAUGUUUUCAUCUCAAAAUGUAAUACUGCUAUUAGUUUAAAUAAAAUGUCAAUUCUG